AUGUCUCACAGCCAGCUACCCAACAACUCCUGGCUCAACAGCUCAGCUCCUCUCUUCACUGGCUUGGACCUCCUCCUGCAGCUGAAGCCCCUCUUCAUCCCUCUCUACGCCAUGCUGGUGGCUGUGGCAUGCACAGGGAACCUCUUCCUCAUCCUUCUCAUCGCUCUCACCAAGAAGCUUCACUGCACCACCAAUUUCCUCAUAGGGAACCUGGCAGCUGCCGACUUCAUCAUGUGCCUGGCCUGCGUCCCCCUCACGGUCUCCUAUGCCUUCGAGGCACGGGGCUGGCUCUUUGGCACCUUCCUGUGCCACUUUGUCACCCUGGUGCAGGCUGCCACCGUCUUCGUCUCAGUGCUGUCCCUCACUGCCAUUGCCAUCGACCGCUAUGUGGUGGUUGCCUACCCUCUCCGCAGGAGGGUGAGCUGCAGGUCCUGCAUCUGCCUCGUGGCCUGCAUCUGGCUGCUCUCCCUCCUGGCUGCGGUGCCCACCUCACUGCACACUUACUACUUGGACCUGAACGCUGUUGGCCACGACAUGAUCAUCUGCGAGGAGUUCUGGCAGCAGGAGGAGCGAGCGCGGCUGCUCUACUCCUGCCUGAUGCUCCUCUUGUCCUACAUGCUCCCACUUCUGGCCGUGUCCUUCUCCUUUUGUGCCAUCUCCUACCACCUGCGGAGGAGGAACGUCCCAGGUGCCACCUAUCCCUGCCAGGACAAAUGGACCAAAACCAAGCAGAAGACCUUCCGGGUGCUCACCGUUUCGGUGCUGAGCUUUGCCAUCUGCUGGCUGCCCCUCCAGGUGGUGAACUUCAUCAGAGACAUCGACGAGGAGUUCACCAUCCUGGACAAGAGGUAUGUCAAUGUCAUCCAGGUCUCGUGCCACCUGAUUGCCAUGAGCUCUGCCUGCUACAACCCCUUCAUCUACGCCGCCCUCCAUGACAAGUUUUGGUUCCACCUCAGCAGCUACUUUUACCACAAGAAGAAGAGCUCCAGCACCAGGUCCUGCAAGGCCUCUCGGUUCAACACCUGCUCCACCUUGGCAGAUGCUCCCACCAGGGUCUCUGAUAAGAGAGCUUUGCACAGUAGGUUCUCUUCACUGGAGGACCCCAAGAGAUCCAUUUUUCUUUCAGACUUGGUGUGA